CGCGCGUCACAUAGCGGCGGAGGAGUGCGAACGGCUGCUGCAGGCAAGGCCGCGGGACAGAGGUCACGGCGGGGUCACGGAUCGAGCACAACGAAUGGCCGAGAACGGCGAGGCGCUCAAGUACAUCGAGCUGGUGCUUCGGCAGCUGCGGAGGGCCAGCAGAGACCACCAGCGACUCGUGCAGCAACGCCACGCGGAGUUCCGUUGCGGGAUCGGCGAAGGGUCGAGGUCGCGCCACGAGGACCUGGUCGAGCUGGCCCACCAACGGCGGGACAGUCGCGGGAGUCCGGCGGACGCGGCCCGAAUGUGGUCCCGCUCGUCGAGCGGCCCGUGGCAAUCGGACAUGAGCUCGGGGGAGCUCGCCGGCCGAUCGCGCGACUGUCCACGGCCGGACGUCACGACGAGGCUGCUGACGAAGAGACGGGAUUACGGCGGAACGGCGCAGAGCACGGCCGGGAUUCCGAGGGCGGCUGUUCCCGGACACGUUCAAGACGGGAUCGCCGCUUAUCAAGACCUGAGGUAUGCUCCCGAGAACGUCGGCUGCUGGGAGGACGCGCAAGAGACCUUCGGCGCGUGGAGCCUGCCCGAGACCCCGUCGAGCAACGACAGGAGGACGUCCUCCACCCUCGUGUAGCGCGCGACGGGACUGGCGCUUUGUGAGAGACGACGAAUUCAAUUUCACGAAAGCCAUAAGGAGAGCGCGGUCACGAUGACGGGAAGGCAAGGGAAGGUAUCGAUGCGGAAGCGUCUACGAUCGUCUCGCGCGCUCGUGUUCACGAUAUGCUUGCGCUACUUGAAAUCAAACUAAUGCCCGCCGCCGGUGGUGACACACACUGAAGGUGGCCGGGGAAGGUGGCGGCAAGGACGCCGAUAUAUCAAAGGGAAGACGGACGUACUCUCCUCUUUUGGGUCAAUAAGAUUAGAUUUAGGAAGAGAGCGCCGCGCGCGAGUAGUAGUGUGCUCGGGGGAUUCGUGAGUACGAAGGGCGAUGGUUGGGUUCGUGGAUCGAAGGUACUCACUUCGGUCGGUGCGAAAACAGACCACUCGGUAUCGACAAUCUUCUAUUGACGUACUUUAGAUCUUCUAUUAAGCAUUUAAUAAGACUCGUUCCGUGGCGCGAGAGAGCCGACGAGGAUCCUACUGCGAAUCACGUCGCCAAUUGUUGCUGUCGCGGUGGUGGCCGAACGUGGACGGGAACGUAUUUGGGCAUACCAUGAUAUCGACUGCGCGGGUGUUCGCGCGGAAGGCGACAGGAAGACGAGGGUCCGGGCUCUGUUCCCGGGAGCUGAAGCCGCGACAGGCCGCUUCACGAUGGAUGCCGCUUUCUUGGUAAUCCGUAAGAGACGCGAGCUCAAGCUGGCUUUGCGUCUGACGUUUGCAGCGUGACAGUUCUGUCCGACGCUUCUUCCCUCGUCAGCGGGGCACGCGCGCCGACAGGGCGGCGCGGAGAAUGGCGACGCUCUCGCGCGAGCCUGCUCUCAUUCCCUCCUCACAAAUCGAUCUCGAUCCGACGAUUUUCAAUAUCAAUCAGAACGCGUGACACGCGUGCUUCGGCUCUCGAAAAGAGAUGCCGAAUAAAUACGUUCUAUAAAGUCCACACUUGACAAAGUGUAUGAAAAAAGAAGAAGGACGAAAACGAGGACACUUUUGGAGGACAAUUUUAUGUCUCCCUAGGAAAGAGAGUUCGCGAGUGAGAAAGAGAGAAAGAGAGAGAGAGAGAGAGAGAGAGAGAGAGAGAGGACUCCUCGUCGUCAUGCCUCACGAAUCCGCGCCGCCAUCUCUGCUCAUUAGCGUGGCUCCGCUGUGUAAUGCGUAUAACGUUUAAGAAUAAAAAGAAUCUUUCAGCGUUUACGUUACGCGACCGUAAUGCCAACUAACACAGACGCAAAGCCUACACGCCGUAAUGAGGACCGUCGUCGGCCACCACCAAGACCUUUACUGUGUCGCGCGAGCGAGCGCGCGCGCUGCCUUUUUGUAUUUUGUAGGGGAAGAAAUAGGGAAGAAAGAGAUAUUAGCUCGUAUAUAAGGCAUCUGUUCGUGCAGCAUUUUGCGGACGGGCGCGCUAAGGGACAAAGACGUUUGCGGACGGUCGCGCACGCGUCGUUCGCGCGAUUCUAAAUCGCGCGCGGAGCGCGCUGCGACUUCUCGCGCGUUCUCCUCCGGCCUCAAGUUCCCCACGUGCGACGGACAGGUUAGCAGCGCGAGGGGUGGGCGCGAGGGAGGAAGAGGGGCUCGACCGUGUGUUUUGCGGUUGUUCGCAUUUGUAAAAUAGAUAGCGAAAAAUCUCAUAUUAGGUAUAUAUAUAUAUAUUAAAUAUAUAAAUAUAUAUUAUACACCUGUUGUCAAUAUAUGAGCAUAGGGCCUAUAUAUAGUUCGACGGCACUAAGAGAAGCGAAUUCUAUUAAAAUAAGCUCGUUCGCGAGAUGGGACGGCUUCCUGUAAAUAACGAUAAAUGAUUAUAUUAUGUGCGUGUAAGAGUAACGCGCGCGCGAGAAAAAAACACACAGAUACAUACACACACAGACGCAUACAUACACACACACACACGGAACGGCGCGACGUCCUUUCGACGUGUGUUCGCGGUUUCGUGUGGCGCGUUUCUCUCCUCUGUUCCCCUUCGAAGAAAGAAAGGGGAAACGAGGAGGGAGCAAAAAGCGCGCGCGCAAUCUCACUUAUGACGCGUUAAGUUAUUGUUCUUGUUUUUCUCAUAUCUGUCCUUUCCGCUUCGAUGCGCCCCAGUUCGUUCCCGAGGAACAGAGGAAGAUGCGACGUUCAUCCGAAGAAUCCGGGAGAAACCCGUCGUAUUUAGAAUUCUUUCUUUGUUAAGUCUGACUAGAAGCUAUAUAUAUAUAUAUAUAUAUAUAUAUAUAUAUAUAU